CAUAGAUCAUUCAUUAUAUUUCUUAUAAUUGUGACUGUGACCAAGAGUGAUGGAAGCACUCACUAGCUCUUGCUAUUCAAUGGCCAUUGUUGACAUGCUAGGAUCUCACUCUCCUAGAACUUCUGCUUAUGUUUCCAACAGAUCAGAAAUGUUGCUAUCCCCAAAUCACCAGAAAGGCUCCAACUUUCAGUUCCUCAAAUUGGCACAAAACAAGCGCAUUUACCCUGUUCAUGCUCUGCCAGCCAAAACCCAGGUGGACUUGGACUUGGACAUAGAGAUGGACAUGGACAUGGACACCGGGGAUGUUCAAGCUCAACAAGCAAUGGCACCCAAGUUUAUUCAUGUCAAAUUUCAGCUCCAACGCAACUGUAAUUUUGGGGAACAAUUUCUGAUGGUUGGAGAUGAUCCUGUGUUUGGUUCAUGGGACCCUUCAAAGGCAUUACCAAUGACCUGGUCAGAUGGGCAUGUUUGGACUGUAGAGCAGAACAUUCCUGCUGGGAAGUCAAUCCAAUUCAAAUUCAUCCUGAAAAGAAAAGGAGGUGAAGUUUAUUGGCAGCCAGGGUCAGAUAGAACUCUGCACACUUGGGAAAACAUGAACAGAAUCACUAUUUGUGAGGAUUGGGAGAAUGCUCAGCUUCAGAAGAUAAUUGAGGAAGGUCAACCUACAGCUUCCCCAAGCUCAAUUAAUCUUGCUAAAAACAAUAAUGCAAUGGAGAUGGCGGCGACGCCGCUUGCUAGUAACAUUCCAUCUCAAAUGAUGGAGCCUGUGACAACCAUUGUAGCUGAGAAUGUAGCUUCCUCUAAUGAGCACAUCAAGACUACAACCAGCACCAAGACUAAAAAGAACAUGAUCCCCUUGAAUGCUGCAAAUGUCUCUGAUCUCACUCACAAGGGAAAAUUUGCCAAUAGUCCAUGAACAUUUGAUUUGGAUGUUUUCAAAUUAAGGGGUCAGAACAUGCCAGAGAGAGUGAAAUUCUUUUUUUUUUUCCAUCCUAGUGAAUUUGCUUGAUUAUAUUUUCUUACAAGCACAACAAAUUUUGAGUAUAUAGCAUUGCCAUUCGGUUGUGGGUAUACCUACCAAUUAGGCAAUGAAUAAGUAUAUUUCUACUUAUGUAUCGUCAUUUAUGUUCAUCAAUGAAAUCAAUUUUGGUCGUAUCUCCCUGGUGUAUUAUUUUCGUGUACUUUGCAUUUCUUUUCUUCCAAGAUUUAGGUUAUUCCGGGUUCCCGAAAGACAAA